AAGUGUAACAGUCGCUUGCCCACCUUCGCCAGUUGUCUACCUCCCUAUACCUUUGAGUCUCUUCUCUCCUGCAUUUCUGAUUUUUCUGAAGAGUCUCUCGCUUCCUCUCCUACUCCUUUGUUCAAACAGAGGGCUCAAGCUAUGCUCGAUGUAACCUGGUACUUAGUGUUUCGGCUUCCCUCCAUCUUUACUGCUCCGGAGGCAAAAGAGUUCAGAAAACUGUAUCACCUUUCUAAUGCCUUGACUAUCUGGAUUCCUUCGAUAGACGAGCCUUGCAACUUCCUCCUUCGUUGGGAAGUUUGUUUCUUUGAAAACACGUUUGAGAUGGGUCUACGUUUGCCCAUCCAUCUGGCCAUUGAUGGCCACAGUCUGACCCUAAACGAGCUUAGCAGGGUUUGUCAGCUUGCUGUCGCCAAGGCGGCUCCCUUCUCCUCGCUUAUUAUAACUCCUUUCCAAGAAGGUCGUGUGAGAUGCUGCCACUUCCUCGCUGAAGCGCCGACGUGGCGUCUUAUCGUCGUGAUCAUCAGAUUCAUUUCCAGUGAGAUGGGGCUUACAAUUGUUGAGUUGGAGUUUUUGAUGGGGAAGGCAAGUCUCGAGAAACAAUUUUUCAUGGUUGAGAAAGAGCAAGAUGAGCUAAGGGCCGAGAAUGCCCGUUUGACAGAGGAGGUUUCUAUUCUAAAAUAG